AUUUAUGCAGAGCUGGCUCUGCUGCCAUUGCCACUCACACUCCCCGCGCGCUGCUAGGAGCCGGAGGGAGCGCGAGGGAGCUAGCAAGCGCGCGCUUGGAGCCGGGGCGAGCAGAGGGGGCGCCCGGCAGCUGCCAGCACCGCCUCCACCGUGCUCCUGGGCCUAGGGAGGAGCGAGGGCGAAUCGCCGAGUCCCAAAGCCGAGCGGGGCGAGACCCAACUGCGGGAGGACGCCCGCCCCACUGAGCCGCCUCCAGCAUUGGAGCGGAGGAGCGCACACCGACCUCCUCGCUGGUUGGAGAGCGGGAAGCACAGGUCUCUGUAGUCCCAGGGAUGAUCUAGGAGAUAGCGUGAAGCUUGUUGCUGAGAUCCCAGCUCGGGCUAUCUGCAUCUUGCUCAUCGUCCAAGGCUUUGACCCGCUACGGCCGGGGGCUGCGCGCCGGAGCGGCCCAGGCCAGAGAAGUUAGUUGUGCGCGCCGCUUAGAGCGCGGAGCAAGCGGAGAGGGAAGCAGCAAAGGAGGCAACAAGGCGCUGGGACCAUGGGCUGGGGGAGCCGCUGCUGCUGCCCUGGACGGCUAGACCUGCUGUGCGUGCUGGCGCUGCUCGGAGGCUGUUUGCUCCCGGUGUGCCGGACGCGCGUAUACACCAACCACUGGGCGGUCAAAAUCGCCGGAGGCUUUCCGGAGGCCAACCGCAUCGCCAGCAAGUAUGGAUUCAUCAAUAUAGGACAGAUUGGGGCCCUGAAGGACUACUACCACUUCUACCAUAGCAGGACGAUUAAAAGGGCAGUUCUCUCAAGCAGAGGAACCCACAGUUUCAUUUCAAUGGAACCAAAGGUGGAGUGGAUCCAACAGCAAGUAGUAAAAAAACGAACGAAGAGGGACUAUGACCUCAGUCCUGCCCAGUCGACUUAUUUCAAUGAUCCUAAGUGGCCAAGCAUGUGGUAUAUGCACUGCAGUGAUAACACACAUCCCUGCCAAUCAGAUAUGAAUAUUGAAGGAGCCUGGAAGAGAGGCUACACGGGAAAGAACAUUGUGGUCACCAUUCUGGACGAUGGCAUUGAGAGAACUCACCCGGAUCUGAUGCAAAACUAUGAUGCUCUGGCAAGUUGUGAUGUGAAUGGGAAUGACUUGGACCCAAUGCCACGUUAUGAUGCAAGCAAUGAGAACAAGCAUGGGACUCGCUGUGCUGGAGAAGUGGCAGCGGCUGCAAACAACUCUCAUUGCACAGUUGGAAUUGCUUUCAACGCCAAGAUCGGAGGAGUGCGAAUGCUGGAUGGGGAUGUCACGGACAUGGUUGAAGCAAAGUCAGUUAGCUUCAAUCCCCAGCACGUCCACAUUUACAGCGCGAGCUGGGGCCCAGAUGAUGAUGGCAAGACCGUGGACGGGCCAGCUCCACUCACCCGGCAAGCCUUUGAAAAUGGAGUUAGAAUGGGGCGGAGAGGCCUCGGCUCGGUUUUUGUCUGGGCAUCCGGAAAUGGGGGGAGAAGCAAAGAUCACUGUUCCUGCGAUGGCUACACCAACAGCAUCUACACCAUCUCUAUCAGUAGCACAGCCGAAAGCGGAAAGAAGCCUUGGUACCUGGAAGAGUGUUCAUCGACAUUGGCCACAACCUACAGCAGUGGAGAGUCCUACGAUAAGAAAAUAAUCACUACGGAUCUGAGGCAGCGUUGCACAGACAACCACACUGGGACAUCGGCCUCAGCCCCCAUGGCUGCAGGCAUCAUUGCAUUGGCACUGGAAGCCAAUCCGUUUCUGACCUGGAGAGAUGUGCAGCAUGUUAUUGUCAGAACUUCCCGUGCAGGACAUUUGAACGCUAAUGACUGGAAAACCAAUGCUGCUGGUUUUAAGGUGAGUCAUCUCUAUGGAUUUGGACUGAUGGAUGCAGAGGCCAUGGUGAUGGAGGCAGAGAAGUGGACCACCGUUCCCCAGCAGCAUGUGUGUGUGGAGAGCACCGACCGACAAAUCAAAACAAUUCGCCCCAACAGCGCAGUACGCUCCAUCUACAAAGCUUCGGGCUGCUCAGAUAACCCCAACCACCAUGUCAACUACCUGGAGCAUGUAGUGGUGCGCAUAACCAUUACCCACCCCAGGAGAGGAGACCUGGCCAUCUACCUGACCUCACCCUCAGGAACCAGGUCCCAACUUCUGGCCAACAGGCUCUUUGAUCAUUCCAUGGAAGGAUUUAAAAACUGGGAGUUCAUGACCAUCCAUUGCUGGGGAGAAAGAGCAUCAGGUGACUGGAUCUUGGAAGUUUAUGACACGCCCUCUCAGCUGAGGAACUUCAAGACUCCAGGUAAAUUGAAAGAGUGGUCUUUGGUCCUCUAUGGCACUUCCGUGCAGCCGUACUCGCCAACCAAUGAGUUUCCCAAAGUGGAGCGCGUACGUUACAGUCGGGUGGAAGACCACACGGAUGAUUACGGCACAGAAGACUACGCGGGUCCAUGCGACCCUGAGUGCAGUGAGGUUGGCUGUGACGGGCCGGGACCAGACCACUGCAAUGACUGUCUACAUUACUACUACAAACUGAAGAACAACACCAGGAUCUGUGUCUCCAGCUGCCCGCCCGGCCACUAUCACGCCGACAAGAAACGAUGCAGAAAGUGUGCCCCCAACUGCGAGUCUUGCUUUGGAAGCCACACUGACCAGUGCCUGUCCUGCAAAUAUGGCUACUUUCUGAACGAAGAAACCAACAGUUGUGUGACUCACUGCCCUGAGGGGUUUUAUCAAGAUGCCAAGAAAAGUCUUUGCCGGAAAUGCAGUGAAAACUGCAAGACAUGUACUGAGUCUCAAAACUGUACAGAAUGUAGGGAUGGGUUAAGCCUGCAGCGGUCGCGGUGUUCUGUCACCUGUGAGGAGGGAUGGUACUUCAAUGGCCAGGAUUGUCAACCCUGUCACCGCUCCUGUUCCACCUGUGCUGGGGCAGGUGCCGAUGCGUGCAUCAACUGCACUGAGGGCUACUUCAUGGAGGAUGGGCGAUGUGUGCAAACCUGUAGUAUCAGCUACUACUUUGAUCACUCUUCAGAGAAUGGAUACAAAUCCUGCAAAAAAUGUGACAUCAGCUGCUUAACCUGCAAUGGUCCAGGUUUCAAGAACUGUACAAGCUGCCCCAGUGGGUAUCUCUUAGACUUAGGGAUGUGUCAAAUGGGAGCAAUCUGCAAGGACGCAACGGAAGAAUCCUGGGCGGAAGGUGGCUUCUGUACGUUAGUGAAAAAGAACAAUCUGUGUCAACGGAAGGUUCUUCAACAACUGUGCUGCAAAACAUGUACAUUUCAAGGCUGAGCAGCCAUCCCAGAUUUCUUUGUUCCUGUAGACUUAUAGAUUACUCCAUAUUAUUAUUAAAAACAAAACAAAA